AAAGUCCAAAUGAAGUUGAGUAUUCAAAUUUCAAGAGCUCGUGAUCAUCGUAGCCAUGGAGAUCAAAGGGCCAACACCAUCGUCCUCUAGCUUCCCAUCUAAAACUAAGUACAGAUAUGAUGUUUUCUUGAGUUUCAGAGGCGAAGAUACUCGUCAAUCCUUCACUGUGCUUCUAUAUGAUGCCUUGCGCAGGAGGGGAAUCAACACCUUCAUUGACGACAAGAAGCUUGGCAAAGGGAAACGAAUCUCACCUUCACUUCUUAAGGCCAUUGAUAGAUCCAGGAUUUCAAUUAUUGUCUUCUCUAGAAACUACGCCACUUCCACUUGGUGUUUGGAUGAACUGGCGCACAUCAUUCGAUGUAAGGAGAAGAACCAGAUGGUUAUGCCUAUCUUCUACAAGGUGGAUCCGUUGGAUGUUCAGUAUCAGAGGAAUAGCUUUGGGGAAGCCAUGGCUGCUCUUGAAGAUAGGUUCAGGCAUGACAUGGAUAAAGUGAGCAAAUGGAGGUUUGCUUUGUCUGAAGCUGCUAGUCUGUCAUCGGCAUGGCUUUUUCAAGAUGGGAUAAACCAGGGAAGGGGAGGCAGGUUCAGUCUCAAAUCAGCCAGGUCUAUAGCUGCAUAAAAGGGCAUGAGAUUUAAUUUCAACCUCAAGAAGCUUUUGGAGGCAUCU